UAAAUACAAGAAACAUCCGAGAGAUUCAAAAGGCAAACUACUCAUCAGAGCAAACCAAAAGAAAAAAGGGAAAAAAAUCACUGUCUACGAAAAUUCACAUAACCAAAAGUAUGUCUGCAGGAGUAAGAUCUGAGCCGAUGAAGGUCGUUUUCAUUAACACACAGUACGUUCAGACAGAUGCUCGGAGCUUCAAGACAGUUGUUCAAGAACUCACCGGUAAAAACGCAGUCGUCGCCGACGGUCCUUUGGAAUUCUCCGGCCAAGGCUACGGUGGAAAAGAUUCAUCACAGCGGUUUUGCAGCGUAGGAAAAGAAGCAGAAGGAGGUGUAGAGACGACGGAGUUCGAUAGUUUUUUCAGGGAGAUGCCUCCGGUCGGCGAAUUGUAUAAUCUUUGGUCAGACAAUUGACUGGAGUGAUAAUUAGUUUUUAUUUAAUUCCUUUUUUUCACAAUUUGGUUUAUUAAGGCCCAUUGGGUUUAAUCUUAUUAUCUCAGGCCUUUGUAAAACACGAGUGAUCCUACUUACCAAAAAAAAAAACACGAGUGAUCCCUGUUACUCCUCAGAAUGUGAACUUCUUUUUUGGCUUAAUGCAUUAAUGUAUAUAAGGAAAUAUAAAUAUCAUCCACUUUUUGGAA